AUGUUCAGCUUGUCUACUACUGUGACGGGGCAAAUGCUACGGAUGCGUUUUGGCUCUUUACUUCGAUGCUCACGUCGUACAGUAAAAACCUCACCCACUGAUUGGGAACCAGUCACAUCAGUUCCUGGUAAUCUACGCACGAUUGCACACCAAGCCAAGAUGCCGUUUAUUAGAAAAGCUUUACUACUGUUAAUGCUUGCAAUGCCUAUAGUAUCGUUUUGUUUGGGGUGCUGGCAGGUUAAGCGAUUGAAAUGGAAGACAGAUCUUAUUGCCAAGUGCGAGAAUAAUCUUGCUGCACCGGUCAUUGAGAAAAUACCACCAAAUCUUGAUGUUGAUGUCAUCAGUAAGGAGUUUGAAUAUAGAAGAUUUAAAUGCAAGGGACAUUUUGAUUAUGAUCAAGAAAUGUUCUUGGGACCGAGAUUGAAGGACGGUGUCGUGGGAUACCUUGUGGUCACCCCGUUUAUUCGUUCAGAUGGCGGCGAGCCCAUAUUGAUUGAAAGAGGGUGGAUUCACAAGGAUAAAGUUGUUCCAGGUACAAGAUCCAAGGGCUACUUGUCACACUUGGCGUUCCCACAAGGCGAGAUAGAAAUCGAGGCUUUGUUCAGAAAUAUGCCUGAAAAAUCAAAAAUGCAAUUCGACCAUGAACCCGGCAUGAAAUUGUUCAACGUGAUUGACGUACCCGCCAUGGCGAAGCAAAGUGGGUCAUUGCCAGUGUAUUGUCAGAUGAUCUAUGAUUUAAAUGACCAUUUAGAGUAUAAGAAGGGGAAUGAAAAUGGUACUAAUAAUGGUGAUGGAAAACCACACUCAAAGUUUUGGAACGCGCUAUUUUCUUCAGGCAAAUCUGAAUCUGUUCGAGACCAAGAAUUUAUUGCCCAGCAUCAAGCUGACCACGAUGAAACUUUUCAAUACCAAGAGUUUCAAUUUAUACAGGAGGGUGUACCCAUUGCUGCCAGACCUACAAUCAAACUUUCAAAUAAUCAUUUACAAUACCUCAUAACGUGGUUUGGGGUCUCAGCAGCAAGUACAGGAUUGUUUUUGUGGUACUUGUGGAGAAGCAAAAACUAUCAAAGUGCAGAAAAGAUGAUCGCCAAAAAGAGGCAAGAGAUGAAGAAAUUUUACUAA